UGAGCACAGCACUUCGGUUCUCUUUUAAAAAGCUAAUUACUUUCACUGCAUUUGAAGAACUGCUGUAUUUUGGACUUAAAGACAUUGAGUUGUUAUCUACAAUUGUGAUCUUUCUACCGGGAUUGUGUGCUGGGCUGAUCUCUUGAUUUGAUUUCCACCGUGCAGGAUUUAAACAGAGGGAACUUCAUCUGAACUGUGGAAGUACUAAUACAGUGCAGCAUUUGCAGUUCACUUUAUACUCUGUCUUUUAAGGGACAUGACAAUGCCGGUGGUCAAAGUGGAGAAAGACUCUCAAGCAGACAACACCUUGUUGGCCUCCAACCCUCCACUGCAGUCAGAGGAGCAGCCCAGAGGUCGGAGAAGGAAGAGACCUCUCCAGCGAGGGAAACCCCCUUACAGCUACAUCGCACUCAUUUCCAUGGCCAUCGCCAACUCCCCGGACCACAAGUUGACUUUGGGGGGAAUCUACAAGUUCAUCACAGAGCGCUUCCCCUUCUACAGAGAGAAUUCAAAAAAAUGGCAGAACUCCAUCCGUCAUAAUUUGACUCUCAAUGAUUGCUUUAUCAAGAUCCCCAGAGAGCCGGGUCGACCAGGGAAGGGCAACUACUGGGCCUUGGACCCGAACGCAGAGGACAUGUUUGAGAGCGGCAGCUUCCUGAGGCGCAGGAAGAGGUUUAAGCGCUGUGACUUGAGCACUUACACCGCAUAUGUCCAUGAGACACCAGUUUUCUCUCCAGUCCAGAUUGCCAGAUCAUCCGCAUAUACCAACUCAGUCUACAACAACAUGACAGUCAGUCCGGCCUACGGGCAGCAGCUGACCUCUGCAUAUUACCCCUCUUCCUCUCCUCCCGGGUUUGGACCUGGUCAGACCCGCAUGUUCAGCAUCAAUAACCUCAUAGGACACCAGAGUCCAGCCAGCAUGCUGGGAUGUCAAGGGCCGGAGGUGAUGCAGCAGCCCGGACAGAGCUUCAGUCCCGAGGGGAUCCCAAACGGAUCCAGUCCCUGCAGCCUGGGAGCCCCAGCUUUCCAGAGCCAACCAUGUGGAGGGUCCGUAUCUUCACGCUCCUCUACACAUCCCGGGUUCACCUACCCCGGGCCACACGGCCACCCACACCACCAUACACACCAGGGCUCGUAUGGACAGGGCCACCACACCCAGGGGUAUGCAGCGACGGGACGCCUCCAUUCCUCAGCCCACGGGUCUGUGGAGGCCGUGGACCAUUACGGCAGGGUCUCCCCAGUGCAUUUGGGCUCUUUCUCCCAGUAUAACAGUGCUGCAGGUCCUAUCGCCAACACUGGGGGCUAUCUGAGACACCCAACGUACCCAGGGAAUAUGGACAGGUUUGUGUCUGCUAUCUGAGCUACUGAGAAUCUAGAUCCGAGCAUCUCACUACCUUGUUAACAGAACAUCAGAGACUUGAGACGGCACCCAGUGAGCCAGACAUUUCUGUACGCAAAUGUGAUUGUUUUUCUUUGUACAUGACAUUUGAUAAGGACAAAACUGAAAAGACUGAUUAAAAAAACCCUCUCCUGACACAACUGUGAUUCACCACAUUAACACACACUACAGCCCAUUUUCUAUAUCGUUGAUGGUAAUUUACUUUGAUAUGCACACUAUGAAUUUGGAUUUUAAUGUCAAGGCCUCCUCGCAGCAUGAGAGUGUAACGAUCGUCUAAUAUCUUGUGUGGCUGCAAGCUUCUUUUUGUGUCAUGAAUUAAAUGUGCAAGUUUAAUAUCUGCAACACUAGUGAGUUUAAAUGAUAGACUUUGAAUUAUUAGUAUAAAUUAUUAUGCUUCAUGGUCAUUUGCAAUAAGUGGCUUGUAUGAAGAACGUCAGCUUUAGCACAUUUGCAUGUAAUGUAAUGCAUAUUAGGUUGCCUUUUUGGAAAUAAACUGAAUUAUAUAGCACUUUGGUUCUUCAAGAAUAAAAUAUUUAAAAUA